AUACCUUUCUUCAACCAUCACACCACCCAAUCAUCCCCUGUGUAUAUAGAAUUUAGACUUAUCAGAAGAAAGCAAACACAAAUCAUUGUCUCCCCUGCUUCAAAAUUUACAAGCACUUUUCUACCCACUACACACUGCUAGGCAGCAAAUAUAGAACCAAACAAAAAUAUACCCUACCACCACCGCACCACAACUACCACCACCACCACCACCACCAUGAACAACACGGGUCCUCAAACCCCUAACCACCGAAUAUCAACCAGUUCUAUAUUUAGCAUCCGGAAAACCAAAGAUAAACACCCUAAUGAUAGCAAUAGUGAUUUGUCGUCCAAUGAUUCAGCCAGCAUUUUGUCAGCUAGUACCCAACCUUCGUUCACUAGGAGACAAAGCAGUCUAGCGUUGUCAAAGACAGCAACAAAUAGAUCAAGCACAUCAGCAAACACCAGCAUAGUCCCCACAAAUCAAGUGGUACAAUCCCAACAUAAUCGUCAAGCAUCUACGUUUAGCAUAUCAACAAUUAAUAAUACUUCCCCACCCCAACCUUCAAAAUCACUCAAAUCCACCCUAAGCAGAAAAUCAACCACAAACUCCAUGGCUACACCGAUAAUAUCCAGGCCGUCCAAAACUUCCAACGAUUUGUCUUUACCCCAAUCCGGUGGGUUUGUGUUGGAGCGGCCCGAUUCGAUUUAUGAGAUUGAUCGCAUGUUUAAAGAUUUGAUGGAAAAACGAGAUUUUAAAUCGUUACCUACACAAGCAAAACAAGAAAUGUUGAAUUAUUCCCACGACAAGAAGUGGAUGUUGAUUUACCAAGACGCAUACGCCGAACACACUCGACAGGAACGUAAUUCCCGAUCAACUAAAACUGGCCAAAUUGAAAACACAGCAAGUCCUCAAUAUUAUGCCAAGUUAUUAUUAUCGAAAAAAAUCACUGCAAAAGAACUAAAAGACCUUUGGGUGUCUUUGAGAACAGAACCAAUCGACUGGGUAAGAAGAUUCAUAUAUGAUUGUCAAGGUGAUGCCGCAUUGUCGGCCUAUUUGAAAAUGGUUCAGGAUGAAAUAAGUCUGGCAGAUAUUCAUGAUAUUAAUGAUGAGAAGUUUGAUCGAGAAUUCAAUACCUUGAAAGCAUUGAAAUGUAUGAUGAACCAGAAGCUAGGAGCAGAAAGAGUCAGGACAGAUGCAAACCUUUAUGUCAAUGCAAUAUCUGGAUCUUUGUUAUCGCCAAGGAUAAUUACCCGAAAAAUAGCCGCCGAGGCGUUGACAUUCAUGAUUGCCUAUUACAGCCACCACAAUGUCGAUAGUGGAAAAUAUCAUAAAAUCUUACACGCUCUUGAUUCCAUACCUCAAAAGCCACAUUUUGAAUUUGAACAACUCAAUGAUCAAAGGACAGCUGGUGCGGGACGACUUGUUAGGAAACCCCCAUCACCAGAGAAGUACAAACGUUUUGAACUAUGGUUAAGAUUAGUUGAAAGAACCGUUGAUGGAAAGGGGAAAUAUAUGAACUCGUUAGUCGGAGCCAGUGAAGAAUUGAAAUCUGCUCAUGCGGGAACUUCGGGCACUACCACGGCUGCAAGUUUGGAGAAUCAUUUAGUGGAAUAUUGUCUCGGAACUAUGUUAUUAAUCAACACUAUAGUGGAAUAUGGUGCUGAUUAUCGAAUUAGAAUCCGUUUACGUGCUCAAUUCAAUGCUGCUGGAUUAGAUCGGUUAAUUGCCAAAUUCCAAGAAUUGGGGUAUGACAGUCUUAAUCAGCAAUGCAUGAAGUAUAUUCAAAUGUCUCAACUCGACGAAGAAGAAUUAAAGACAAGUGAGCAUAUUGAUGAAAACCUUGAUUUUAAUAACCCUGUUGACUUAGUGAAUGCGCUUUGGGAUAAUGUCAAGAACUCGGAAGCCCAAGGUUACUUUUUAAGUGCCAUUCAACAUUUAUACUUGAACCAAAGUGAGAAGAGAAAUAAUGUCGAGGAAAUGGGAAGAAGUUUGCGACUUUUGGAUGGAUUAAUUCAAAAUAUAGCCACGGCUCAUACUACCAAUGACGAAUCUGCAGUGGGAAUAGCAAUCAAUAGAUUGUUUGCCAAUAUGAGCACUGAUGACAUGUAUAGAAAGGCAUUGGAGGAAGUCAAAGUCUAUAAGAGACUUGCAGAAGAAGCUACUGCUGAGCGAGAUGAAAUGUCAAGACAAUUAUCCAUGGGCGCUGACGGAUUAAUCACCAAUUUACAAAAUGACGUCCGAGAACAAGAUAUUGUGUUAACAAGAACAAGACGAUUGGUUGAAGAAUUGACUCAAGAAUUAAAUCAACUUAAGAGAAAGCAUUUGCAAGAGAAGCAAGAACAGGAGUUAGAAAUGAGAGAAUUGUUGAUCUUGCUUAAUAGUAAAGAUUUUGAUACAGAGAUUGAAACCAAGAGAGAAAAGAAAGGUAAGACUACAGUUGCUAUAAAGACCACAAGUGAAGAAUUGGCUAAGACAAUUCGAAAAAAUAUCCAUCGUCGUCAAGCUGAGUAUAGGUUAGACAAUAGAAACUUUGGUGGUACUCUGGUGGAACCCCUGACAAGGUUACAAUCGUUAAGAGAUAUGAUGGACACUCUCGGAAAUGAAGCAAGGGAAUUGGAGAUGAGUGAAUUUGACGAUGACAUACUCACUGAGGAGCUGGUACCAGAAGAAAUCCCCGAAGAAGCUGAGUCAGACGAGGAAGAAGAUGAAGUGGAAGAGUCACUCGAAGAGCCCGAGACUCCUACAGGUCCAAAACGAGGUGUUCGCAGUGACGAUUUGGCGAAAUUGGAUAAAUUAAGAAAGAAAUUGGCCAGUUUACAAACCGAAUCUAACGAUAUUAUGAAAUUUAAUAAUAGCUCCAUGUUUAAUAGACAAAAAUUCUUGGCUAUGGAAAGACUUCGAGAUUUGGAAGAAAAUUUCAAGGAUUUCAAUAUUGACUUUUCAGUUGAUGACCAAGAUAACUUGCAUGAACAUUUUUCCAGUCCUGAAAGAGUGGAUCCUUCAAUCAAAGACAAGAUAAAGGAAGAAUGGGAAGAAAUUGCAAGAUUAAAAUUGGAAUUAAAACGUAAAUUAGCAGACGCAGAAACCAAGAAGAAGUCUACUAAACCAAAAUCUAACAAAGAUACUUUGGCCAGGAUUGAAGAGAAAUAUGUCAGAGGUAAGAUCAAGAAUGAAUCAACUGCUGAUAUUGUUCGUGCUUCUACAACGACUGAGAACAAACGUGCUCAUAGAAUGACUACUAUUGGUGCUAUGGAUCCAGUAUUCUUGAAAGAAUUGAGUUCAAAGGUUGGAAGAGUAGAACCGAUUGAUGUUUCACUGGCUGCAUCACCGCCUCCACCACCACCACCUCCUCCACCACCAUUGCCAGAUAUGUUCCAAGGUUCAGAUAGUGUUACUUCGAAAUCACCACCACCGCCUCCUCCUCCUCCUCCACCGCCUCCACCACCUCCACCACCUCCACCAGCUCCAGAAGCACUUUUGAGUGGCAAGACUUCUCCUGCUCCACCACCACCACCACCUCCUCCACCAGGACUCUUCAAUGGAGCCAUUCCACCAGCACCACCACUUCCACUUCCAAAUCUGCCUAAAAAUAUCCCUGAUCCAAUUGCUUCUCGACAUAAUUCCUUAUUUGACAAUAUUCCUCGACCAAAGAAGAAAUUGAAACAAUUACACUGGGAGAAAUUAGACGAUGGACAAGCCAAGAAUUCAUUCUGGAAAGAUCCUAAUGUUCAUACACUUGCAUCUGAUUUAAUGGAAAGAGGAGUGUUUGAUGAGAUAGAAUUGAUUUUUGCGGCUAAGGAAGUCAAGAAAUUGGCAACCAAGAAGAAAGACGAGACUGAGAAGGUUUCAUUUAUGCCUCGUGAUAUUGCUCAACAGUUUAGCAUUAAUUUGCAUGCAUUCAGUUCAUUGUCAGAUGAAGAGUUGGUUACUAAGAUAUUGAGAUGUGACAGAGAUGUUUUACACAACCAAGCAGUUUUAGAAUUCUUUUCCAAGGACGAAAUUGUGGAAGUAUCUAAUAGUUUAGCUAGAAACCUCGAACCAUAUUCAACUGAUUACACCGUUGACGAAGUUUCCAAACCUGAUAAAGAUCCUAAUGAAUUAGAAAGACCCGAGAGAAUAUAUUUGGAAUUAAUUUAUAACUUACAACACUAUUGGAAAUCAAGAAUGAGAGCUUUGAAAGUUAUUACUAAUUAUGAAAAAGAUUAUGAAGAUUUGGUUUCUAAGUUGAGGUUGAUUGGUGAUGCAGUACAAGGUAUAAAAGAAUCCAAGCACUUGAAGCAAGUGUUUGAAAUUAUUUUGACUGUUGGUAAUUAUAUGAAUGAUUCAUCUAAACAAGCUCAAGGUUUUAAGUUGAGUUCUUUACAACGAUUAAGUUUCAUGAAGGAUGACAAGAAUAGUAUGACGUUCUUGCAUUACGUUGAAAAGAUUAUUAGAACUCAGUAUCCUGAAUUAUUGGAAUUUAUGGAAGAAUUAAGCAAGUGUAUCGAGGUUUCAAAAUUCUCAAUUGAAAACAUCAAGUCCGAUUGUACUGAAUAUAAUCAAUCCAUGAAGAAUGUUCAAAGUUCAAUUGAUGUUGGUAAUCUCAGCGAUAUAUCCAAAUUCCAUCCACUUGAUCGUAUUUUGAAGGUGAUUUUACCAGUUUUACCUAGAGCCAAGAAAAAGGGAGAAUUGUUAAUUGACCAAUCAAACUAUACCUUGAAAGAGUUUGACGAUUUAAUGAUUUAUUUCGGUGAAGAUCCAAGUGAUCAAUUUGUAAAGAAUUCAUUCAUGUCUAAAUUUGCUAAUUUCAUCAAGGAUUUCAAGCGAGUGCAAACUGAAAACUUGAAGCGUGAAGAAGAAAUUCGUAUUUAUGAACAAAGAAAGAAAUUACUUGAAGCUCCAAGAAAGGCAUCAUCUUCAGCAAAUGGCACUGACGGUGAUUCCAAUGACGAUGGCGAUGAUAAUGAUGUCAUGGAUUCACUUUUAGAGAAGUUGAAAGCAACUGGUCCACCAAAGGGAGAAGCAAUAUCAGCUCGAAGAAGGGCGUUAAUGAGAAAGCAUCUUGCUGAAGAUUCCAAAUCUCCUGCUUCACCGGCUAGAAAUGGUGAUGAUCUGAAUGAGGAUGAUGGUAGCAAUAGGUCUUCGCCUAUUAAGAAGAGAGAUGGUGAAGUGUCACCUAGCGAUGUAGAAUUUGGAGCAAGAGCCAAGAAUUUAUUACAAGAACUUAGAGGAGGAAGUGAUGAACACCUUGAUGAGAAAAUCUCGUCAGCUCAGAAAUUUAGGCAAGAAAGGUUACGAAAGAAACUUACUGCUGUUGGAGAUUUAGACUUGGAGUCAGAUAAUAACAACGGGAGUAGUUAAUUAGACGAGUGUUGUUAUAUAUUUUCAUUUCUAUAGGGUAAUAUAAUAUUUAUAAACUUAUUUUGGAUGUGCUAAUGGUAGAAAUAUCCAAUAAAUCGUAAUCGAUGAAUUUUCCUCUGUUUUCAUUGUAGUCAAAUAUAGGUUUGUUCAAAGAGAAUAACCCAGUACCACCUACUUUAUUGGCAAAUGGUAUGGAUAACUUUUCAAUCACCUUUUCCCAGGUGACAAUACUAGUUGAAUCCUGUCUCAACCUAUUGUUCAACUCAGUCAAUUCCUUACCCUUUUUAGGGACAGACCUCAAACUUAUAAUUUCUCCAUUUAUCCCAAUACAAAGAAUCGUACACGUAUUAUCUUGAUUCCAAUUAUUAUUCAAAUUAGCAAGGUAAACCCGAGGGAUAUUUGACAACUUAUAGGACAUUCUUUCCGCGGAAUAUUUCUUAUCAUUAACAUCAAUAAUAGAAACUGCUCCAUAAAGUUUAUCACUGGCUAUGAUUUUCGAUUUAUAUUCAAUUUGAUUUAUGAAGUGAUUAGGCAAUGGGUCGCCCGCCACAUAUGAGAUUGGCAUACCUGACUUGGGUGCUUUAAAUUGAUAAAUUGAAUCAAAUCUAGUCGCAAUGAACAAUUUAUCAUUGGAUAUAUUCAAGGAAACAAUUGUACUUGGUAAAACUUCAAGAAGUUUUACUGGUGUGAAUCGCUUCUCAUUCUCAUCAUAACCUGUAUAGUAGAUGUUCUUGCCGCUAGUGAACAAGAUCAAUUGUUCCAGUUGUUGGAUAUUUGUAAUUGGCGAAUCAUGUUCAAAUGUAGUCAAUUCUACAACCGACAUUAUCGUUGAUCCAUCCUGUAAUUUAGCCUUUUUAAAAUCAAGAACUUUUACUGAACCAUGCUCAUUACCUGUUUCAGCGGUGAUGGAACACCCAACAAGUAUCUUUCUUGAUAUUUUCAGUUUACCUCUGACAACUUCCCAAACACACCCACAUACUGGAAACUCGUUCUUGGCAAAGAUUUGAUCUUCAGUGUUCUUACUCUUUAAAGUUGAUUCUCUGUGGGUCAUUAUCCUCACCGAUUUUCUAUCAACACACCUAAUUCUAUUUUUGCUAGAUUUUGAUUUGCAAAGAACCAAGAACAUGGAAAUAUGUGCCACAUAAAUCAAUUUCUUUGCAUUUUCAGUGAUUGAAAUCUGCUUAAUCGCCGAUUCAGUAAAAGUGGAGACUUUGGUAAGGACAAGUCCAUUGUCUCGAACUAAAACAAGCUUUCGUUUAUUCGUAUCUGAUGAAGAUAGUUCCACCAGGGCACUAAUUGUUCUUUCAAAUGUAUCAUCAAAAUGAACAAGUUUAGGGUACACUGAUUCAUAUUGAUUUAGUAACCAUAAUCC